UUCACUAUAGUGGGGGACAUAUGGAUUUUCCCCUGUUGGUCUGUUUCUGCCAACUUUAACAUUUUGCAAUCACUUUUGCUAUAUUGAAGAAAGCUACUUCAUAUUUGGCAUGUAUGUGUUUUUCAUGGAGCUGCACAUUUUGAGUGGUACUUUCUGAUAAUGGGUUAAAAUGAAAGUGAAUAUCUGUUAACAGUUGCACUGCAUAAGCAUGAAACAAAUUGCCUGGAUUAUUUCAUUUAUUUUUCUUACACAUACUGCUCUGAUAGGGAAUACAUCUUAUAAACAUGACUUGCGAGUUUUUCACACCUUUAUUGACAUUACACAACAGAUUAACACCAAUGAGCUGUCGAAAGUCGUUUAACCUCUAUGCCAUUAAAAUCUGUUAAAUGGACGAAUAAAGCAAUUAAGCUGUGAUCUUCGCCAUCUUUGUACCAGAUUGCAGAAUUUCCAAUUUCAGAUUUCCAGUUUGCGAAGUCAUUUUUGCCAAUUCCCAAUGGGCAGAAUAUUUAUUUAUUAGGUUGUUUACGAUGUAUCCUUGUUUGAAGCUUUAUUAUUGCAAUAUUUCUGCCUAAAUACAUGUAAUAAGAAUUGUUGGGCCUCUUACAAGUAAUAAACAUCGUAGGGUCCCAUAUAAGAAAUAAACAUGUUUACACUAAUUUUCGGGUCUCAUAUAAGUAAUAUUGUUGGGUCCCAUAUAAGAAAUACUGUUGAGUCCCAUAUAAGAAGUAUUAUAAGAAAUAUUGUUGGGUCCUAUAUUAGAAGUAUUGUUGGGUCCCAUAUACGAAACAUUGUUGGGUCCCAUGUAUAAUAAGCAUUGUAAGAAAUAUUGUCAGGUACCAUAUAAGAAAUAUUGUUGGGUCCUAUAAGAAGUAUUGCUGGGUCCCAUUUUAGAAACGGGUUUUUUACCUUCUAUAACAGACGCCGAACUAGGCUGUUUGUUUCCCCUUUCUGGUCAAAAAAAUUCCACCUAAAAAAAAAUAUAUAUUUAUUUUUAGCUCCAUCUGGCCAGCGGGGCUUAUGUCAUGGUCCUGUGUCCGUCGUGUGUCCAUGCGUGCGUUAACUUUUUCUUUAAACAUCUUCUUCUUCUUCUUUUUACAGUUUUGAGCACGAACAGUCCGUUUUUCACGAUUUAAAACGGCCGUUUUUGUAAAUAUUCACGGACAUGAAAGGAUUGUGAAUUGGCCGUGUCAAAAUUGUGAAAUGUCCGUCCAUGGCCAAUCGCAAAGAAGGAAAAAAAGCCCUGAAUCCACAACGAAUACAAUGACACAAUACAACAUAAAGCUAAUUAUGGCAUGUUCACAGACAUUCAAAUAUUUUGCAGAAAUGCAUUUGCCGUUGUUAUACAUUUUUAUACACGUAUAAUAUGUACGUAAAAACGACACCCUUCUAUUACUCAUCAUAUUAAGGGUUGCGGCAUGUGGAUAUUGUCUUUAACAUCUUGAAUGGCAAAAAGGGAUUUUUGUCCGUUAAAUGAAGGAUUUUUUGGCUGUUUUAAAGAAUUUGAAGUAUUAUAAAAUUGUUUAUAAGUUUUUGUCACAGUGUAUAUGGGUUCCUCUACCCCUCCAGUGCACAUAUUACUCCUCGUCAAAUUUUUCUUGGUCAUACGUGCACUGUUUGGGUAGAGGAACCAAUAUACACUGUAAACAAAAAACUAUAACUUAUGAUAUACAUAACAGCAAAACUUCAGUUGUAAUGUCCAAUAUACUUUUCUGUAGAUUUCAGUAAGACCCACCAAUGGAUAAUAAUAUCAAGGCCCAACUGUUGACUAUAUACUUAUAUAUAUGUGGCGCGUUUCUGAAAAAGGCCCCUUUUGUGUGAACGUCAAAUAACGGAGAAAUGACGUUGUGAAGAUAUGCAUUAUUUUCCGACGUUUAAAAAUUAUUUUAGACAAACAUCACACAAAUUUAAUCACUAUGCUAAUUCAUUUAAUUUAGAACGUGUAACAAUACAAAUUGGCCAUAUUACAUGUAUAGUAGUAAACAACGGACAAAACUUCUUGCAAAAUUAUAUCGUCAAAAUAGUUGCAUUGAUAUAAAAACAUUUUUAGAGUUCACAUAGCAUCUCUUCAAAAUUAUAGGUUUGAACAAGUUUUCAUUUGAUCAUAUAAAACGUGUACAUUAUCUGAAUAGGAAAAGAACGAACUUUAAGAACAUUUUAAAAACUCAAUUUAUUUUUGUCACAUUCAUAUGGCCUUUUUUUCUGAACCAUGUCACGUAAACAUAAUAGCAAAACCUUCUGUUAUCCAAGCCAAUAUAUAUUUUCUAUAGAUUUCAGCAAGACCCACCAAUGGAUAAUAGACAUACAAGACCCCACUGUUGACAUUAUAUGUUUACAGUCAUUGAGGCAACUGUUGAAGACACCCACAGUCUAGAAUCUAUACAGGAGUCAGAGCCUCUCAUGAUACAACAUGCCAGUAUUGACUGUGCUGAUCAUAUGCAAUCUACAGGUUUCACUUUGGUUCUUUCAGAGUCCAUGUCAACUGCUGACAGUGAAGAGCCAGGCAGUCUGACCCAUGAUAGGAGGGAGCCAAGUGAAGAGCCAGCCAGUCUGACCCAUGAUAGGAGGGAGCCAAGUGAAGAGCCAGCCAGUCUGACCCAUGAGUCCAUGUCAACUGCUGACAGUGAAGAGCCAGGCAGUCUGACCCAUGAUAGGAGGGAGCCAAGUGAAGAGCCAGCCAGUCUGACCCAUGAUAGAAGGGAGCCAAGUGAAGAGCCAGCCAGUCUGACCCAUGAGUCCAUGUCAACUGCUGACAGUGAAGAGCCAGGCAGUGUGACCCAUGAUAGGAGGGAGCCAAGUGAAGAGCCAGCCAGUCUGAGCCAUGAUAGAAGGGAGCCAAAUCCUCAAGAGUCCAUGUCAACUGCUGACAGUGAAGAGCCAGGCAGUCUGACCCAUGAUAGGAGGGAGCCAAGUGAAGAGCCAGCCAGUCUGAGCCAUGAUAGGAGGAAGCCAAGUGAAGAGCCAGCCAGUCUGACCCAUGAGUCCAUGUCAACUGCUGACAGUGAAGAGCCAGGCAGUCUGACCCAUGAUAGGAGGGAGCCAAGUGAAGAGCCAGCCAGUCUGACCCAUGAUAGGAGGGAGCCAAGUGAAGAGCCAGCCAGUCUGACCCAUGAGUCCAUGUCAACUGCUGCCAGUGAAGGGCCAGCCAGUCUGACCCAUGAUGAAAUGAGGCAGCCAAAUCCUCAAGGGACAGGGACAAGAAAAGGAAUGAAACGAAAGUGGGCCAGCGAAGAGAACAUAUGUUUCAUGAACUUUUUUAGAGAUGAAUUAAGAGAAAAAAAAAUGCCAUCUGGCUCAAAAAUAAUGGGGUCCCUAAAAAUACUUACCGGAAGAACAGUGGCCCAGAUAAGGGCAAGGGUCCAUAACAUUAUUAUGGAAAAACAAAAAUGGAAAAAGAAUUGUUGAACUGUGGAAUAUGUUUAUGCCCCUGGUAGGGUGGCAUAUAGCAGUUGAACUGUCCGUCAGUCAGUCAGUCUGUCCAUCUGGCCGAAAACUUAUAUGGCCAUAACUUUUUCAAUAUUGAACAUAGCAACUUGAUAUUUAUACCCCUAUUACAAUUGGUAAUGGGGGCUAUAUAGGAGUCACGUUUGUCGGUCUGUCCCGAUAUUUCAUCCGAUAUUCACCAAACUUGGUCAGUAGUUGUAUGUAGAUAAUGUCUAGAUCAAGUUUGAGUAUGGGUCAUGCCAGGUCAAAAACUAGGUCAUGGGGUCACUUAGUAUGUUUUAAACUGUAAGUUUGUACGGACCAUAGCUAUAUUAUUUAUCGUUACAUUUUUAAAUGACUCGGUACAUUUGUUCACCAUCAUGGAACGGUGUGUCGCGUUAAAAGAAAUUACGUCAAUAUCUCAAAGGUCAAGGUCACACUUGGGAGUUCAAAGGUCAAAUGCUUGUCCGGGCCAUAGCUUUGUUUUUUAUUGUGAGAUUUUAAAAUCAUUUGGCACAUUUGUUCACCAUCAUUGAACAGUGUGUCGGGCGAAAGAAUUACGUCGAUAUUUCCAAGAACAAGGGCACAAUUUGAGUUUAAAGGUAAAAAAUGGCCAUAAUUGAGCUUGUCUGGGCAAUAACUAUGUUGUUUAUUGUGCGAUUUUAAAAUCGUUGGCUCUUUUGUUCACCAUCAUUUGACAGUGUGUCGCGCGAAAGAAUUACGUCGAUAUCUUCAAACUCAAAGUUGUAGUUUUAGUUCAAAGGUCAAAAAUGGCAAUAAAUUAUCUUGUCUGGGCCAUAAAUAUGUCAUUCAUUGUAAGAUUUUAAAAUAACUCUGUACAUCAAUUUUGUUCAAAGUCAUUGGAAGGCUUGUCAUGUGAAACAAUUCAAGAGUUCAAAGGUCAAAAUGGCUAUAAAUGAUAAUGGCAUAAUGAUUCUUAAAAAAUCGCCAUAAAUUGUAUUAUCUUGUUUUGUGAAGACAGCAUACAAAAUAGUCUGUGUCAAUGCGUUAUGUGGGGGUAUAUGUCACGUCUGUGACAAAGCUCCAGUUGGCAUGCAUGUGCAUCUUGUGAAGCUGCACAUAUUGAGUGGUGAAAAGUGAAGGUCAAGGUAAUCCUUCAAGGUUAAAUGUUAAAUAUAUUGCUUCUGUCCGUCCGUCUGAAAACUUUAAAAUUGGCCAUAACUUUUGAGCUCACCUGAGUGCAACAUGCUCAUGGUGAGCUUUUGUGAUUGCCUUUUGUCCGUUGUGCGUUGUAUGUCGUCAACAUUUUGCCUUGUGAACACUCUAGAUGCCACAUUUAUUGUCUGAUCUUCAUGAAAUUUUGCAGAACAUUUGUCACAUUGAUACCUCGACUGAGUUCGAAACUGGGUCAUGCUGGGUCAAAAAUUAGGUCACUAGGUCAAAAAAACAACAAAAAAACUUGUGAACACUGUAGAAGUCCAAUCUUCAUGUAACUUUGUCAAAAUGUUUGUCUAAAUGAUAUUUUGGUUUAGUUAAAAAUUGGUUCCGGUCCGUUGAAAAACAUGGCCGCCAGGGGCGGGGCAGUUUUCCUUAUAUGGCUAUAGAGAAACCUUGUGAACACUUUAGAAGUCAAAAUGUUUGCCUAAUCAUCAUGAAACUUGGUCAAAACAUUGGUUUUAUUUAUAUUUUGGACGAGUUUGAAAAUGGUCCAGAUCAGUGAAAAAACAUGGCCGCCAAGGGGCGGGGGAGUUUUCCUUAUGUCUUUAGUUAAACAUUGCUAACACUCUAGAGGCCACAUUUAUUGUCCAUUCUUCAUGAAAUUUGGUCCGAAGUUUGGUCUCAAUGAUAUCUUAGACGAGCUGAAAAUGGUUACGUUUGCUUGAAAAACAUGGCUGCCAAAGGGCGGGGCAUUUUUCCUUAUAUGGCUAUAUAUGGCUAUAGUAAAAUCUUGUUAACACUCUUGAGGCCACAUUUAUUUUCCGAUCUUCAUGAAACUUGGUCAGAAUAUUCAUACCAAAAAAUAUCGUAGACAAGUUAAAAAAUGAUGCUGGUUGGUUGAAAAACAUGUCCGCCAGGGGGUGGGGCAUUUUACCUUAUAUGGCUAUAGUAAAACUUUGUUAACACUCUAUAGGCCACAUUUAUUUUCUUAUCUUCAUGAAACUUGGUCAGAAGAUUUGUCCUAAUGAUAUCUUGGAUUAGUUCAAAAAUAGUUUCGUUUGCUUAAAAAACAUGGCCACCAGGGGGCGGGGCAUUUUUCCUAAUAUGGUUAUGUAUCAUGCUUUACUAAAACAUUGUAAACACUCUGUAGGGCACAUUUAUUUUCCGAUUAUUAUGAAACUUGGUCAGAUGAUUUGUCCUAAUGAUAUCUUGGAUGAGUUCAAAAAUGGUUCUAGUUGGUGGAAAAACAUGGCCACUAAGGGGGCGUGGCAUUUUUCCUUAUAUGGCUAAAGUAAAACCCUGUUAAAACUCUAGAAGCCAUAUUUAUUGUACGAUCAUCAUGACACUUUGUCAGAAGAUUUGUCCCAAUGAUAUUUGGACAAGUUUGAAAUUGGUUCCAGUUGCUAAGAAAAACAUGGCCACCAGUGGGCGGGGCAUUUUUCCUUAUAUGGACUUAUGAAUCUUCUUGAAACUUUGUCAGUAUAUUAGUUUAAAUGAUAUCUUGGAUGUGUUUUUCACGUUGACAUUUGAAGCUUUAACUUUGUAUGAUUCUAAAUAUGUGUCAAUGCUGUCAGUUGAAUUUUGAAAUAUGAAGUUUUACAUUUUUUGUAGAUUAAAUAAUUUGUAAAAUGUU